AUGCAACCAAUUCCCCAAAUUACAACAACCGGGAAGAAGCCAACAAAAGCACGAACGAAAGCUGAUAAGCCGCCGGCAAAACGAAGAAAAAAGGAUGCGCCGGAAAAGGUUCAGGAUCGCGCAAAGGCUGCAGCCAAUAAAGCCGUAAUCAAACAAGGUCCACGACCACCUGAUGCCUCAGCUAGCUCCGAUAGCAGCGACGACUCUGACAGUUCUUCUGAUCUCGAAGUCGCCCCAGAGCCGUUUCCUCUCCCUCCUUUGCGCCCUCUGGAUGCCGAGGGUGGCAUCAAAUACGACACUUUAAAGGCAGUUUGGUCGCCGAGGAAUAAACAACCACCAAUAUCCACCAUAAGAAAUGCAUUGAUGCUAUUUUCCGAUCUUAUCAAGGGGGUUCGGGAUAGUUGGAAAGCGAAAAGCGAAUCAUUAAAAGCAGCCGAGAAUCAAAACCAAGAGGAUAAGAUUCCCGGAAUGAAGAAGGAGGUCACAUUGCAACGGCGUCUGAUAGAUUUGAUUGUCACUACAGCGCUGGACGGUGGCCACCCUGCCAUCAUCCAAAGCCGGUACAAUUAA